UUCUUUCCGGCAGGCCUGGGUGGUGUUGAUCGCUGGAGUCCAUGGCUACUGUGUCCUGCCCCCAGUUGGCUCCCCCUAGGAAAAGGAGCUGCCCAGCACUUUCCUCCGAAUAUCUUAGCGCUCACCUUGAAACAUGGCUUUGAGCCUCUGGUCCUUGCUGUUCCUGUUGCUGCUGCUGCUGCUUCCCAAAGCAGGGGCCCUGGAUCUGGUCCCACCAAACUUCUUCAGCCGGGCACAGUUCUCUGCCUUCCUAGACAACAUUUCUUCUACCCUGGAAGGCUUAGAGCCUAGAGAUAUGGCAGAAGAGGAACCUCCAACCCUAAGACCCCCUGCCCUCCGGCUUCAUGAUUUCCUGGUGACCUUGCGGGGCAGCCGGGACUGGGAACCCCUGAUCAAGCUACUAGGGGAUACACUGGCCCUGCUAGGACAUGAGCAGACACCUCGAGACUUCCUGGCACAUCAGGCAGGCACCCUAAGUGGGCUGGCAGAGGUGCUACUGAAUGUUAUGCUUCCUGAGGAGUCCACCAUGCCUCCCAGGCCCCCCUGUAGUCGAGAUGGGCCCCCUGACUGUGAUCUGGCUGCUGAUUGGUUACCUUCACUUCUGCUGCUGCUGGAGGGCACUCGUUGGCAGGCAUUGUUGCAGAUGGUGGCUGUGGCUGACACCAAUAUCACAGACCCUGGGUGGAGGGAUCCACCAUCCCGCCUUUUGCAGGGCCUCCUGGACUUGAUACCACCCCCUGAAGGGCCAGGCUCUGAAGGACCCCUUUGGGUGGGCCUGCUGCGUACAGUGGGGGCUCCCCUUUAUGCUGCCUUUCAGGGGGGGCUGCUGCGGGCCACUCAUUCCUUGAAGGAUGAAGUUUUUGCCAUGCUAGGGCAGCCAGAACUUGAUGCCAGCGGGCAGUGCAUGGGAGGUAACCUGAGACAGCUACUCCUAUGGGGUAUACUACACAACAUAUCCUGGGAUGCCCAGGCCCUGGGAUUCCUAUCUGGGAUGCCACCCCCAGCCCCUGCCCUCCUUCACUGCUUGAGCACCGGGGUACCACUGCCCAGGGUAUCCCAACGUUCAACCCAGAGCAAUUCUCGAGAGCCUCGUUCCUUCUCCAUGGACACGAUCUGCUACAACGAAUCCGAUUCUGACUUACCCUUCAGCAUCUCCAAUUUCUCCAUCCAUUUAUACUGUCAACAUGCCAAACCCUCCACUCCCAGGCCACCUUCCAGCAUGGCUGUGACCUGUGAGACAGCUGCGUGGUAUGUGACCUCUCUAGAGGUGAGCGCCCAGUUUUGGUUGCAGGCAUGCCAUGAUCAAUACCCGGAACAGUUCCUGGAGGUCAUCUGCAGUAAUUUCUCCCUGAUGUCACUGCCCAGACCCAACAGACGCCUGGUGAGGCGGCUCUGUGCCAGCCUUCUCCCCCCACCCACCAAUUGCCCAGAAGGCCUGCCUCCCAUUCCCCUCACCCCAGAACUCUUCUGGGGUUGUUUCUUGGAGAAUCAGACAUUGUGGGUGGAGCGGAUGUGUGUGGAGGAGGGCCUAGAGGCAGUGCCCCCACCGAACCAGGCAUGGGUACAUCACGUGUGCCAGGGUCCCACCCCUGAUGCAAGUGCCUCCCCACCUUGUCAUGUUGGGCCCUGUGGGGAGCGUUGCCCAUACGGAGGAAGUUUUCUGGAGAUGGUAUGUGUCAAUGAUACCCUUUAUGAUUCGUUGGUACCCUUCUGGCCCUGGCUGGAGGGACAGUGUAGAGUUAGCCGUGGGGGUAAUGACACAUGCUUCCUGGAGGGAGUGCUUGGUCCUCUGUUGCCCCCAUUGCCUCCUCUAGGGCCUUCUCCCCUCUGCCUAGCUCCAGGUCCCUUCCUGCUUGGCAUGCUAUCCCAGCUGCCUCGUUGUCAAGCUGCAGUGCCAGCCCUUUCCCAUCCUACCCGCCUACACUAUUUUCUUCGCCUCCUGGCAUUCCUCCUGGGCCCUGGGGCUGGGGGUAUAGAGGCCCAGAGGCUGCUGGGCCAGGCUCUGCUACUCUCCAGUCUUCCUGACAACUGCUCCUUCUGGGACUCCUUUAACCCUUGGGGCCGGAGUAGCAUGCUACGGUCAGUGGGUGAAUACCUGAAGCAGGAGCAGAGACUGACCCCACCUGGUCCUGGCCCCCCUGAUAGCCCCAUCCAGGAUCUCGGCAAGAGGGAGCUACUGGCUUGCUACAGUCCUUUACUAUGGGAAUUGCUCCAGAGGGAGAAGAGUGCUUCGGUCCUACAGAUCCUUAUUCAGGAGUACCUGCGCAUGCCCCCAGAGAAUCUCCAGCAGCUAGUGUUAUCAGCAGAGAGUGAGGCAGCCCAAGGUUUCUUGGCACUCAUCCAUCAUUCAUGGGCCCAGUUGAAGGUGCCCCCAUCAGAGGAGCGAGCCCUGGGCCGACUGACUGCUCUCUUGCUCCAGCAAUUCCCUCAACUCACGCCUCAGCUCUUUAUUGAUCUGUCACCACUCAUCCCCUUCCUGGCUGUCAAUGAUCUGCUUCGAUUCCCACCCUCCCUGUUGGCCAAUGAUAGCGUGCUGGCUGCCAUCCGUGAUCGUAGUCCAGCCAUGAGACCUGAACAGAAGGAAGCCCUGGCACAGCUGCUACUGGCACCUGAGCUGUUUGGGGAAGUGCCUGCCUGGUCUCAGGAGCUACUGUGGGCUGUAUUACCCUUGCUGCCCCACCUCCCUUUGGAGCACUUCCUGCAACUUAGUCCUCACCAGAUCCAGGCUCUGGAGGACAGCUGGCCAGCAGCAGGUCUGGGACCAGGACAGGCCCGACAUGUACUAAGAAGCUUGGUGAAUCAGAGUGUCCCAGAUGGUGAAGAACAGGUUCUAAGGCUGGGGUCCCUUGCUUGCUUUCUAAGUACUGAGGAACUUCAGAGUCUUGUGCCCUUGAGUGACCCCAUGGGAUCAGUAGAGAGAGGACUGCUAGAAUGUGUGGCCAAUGGAACCCUCAGCCCUGAAGGACGGGUGGCACAUGAGCUCCUGCGGGUGCUUCGUUCAACUGGGGCAGCAGAGUUGAGUCCCCAGGAGCUUCAGGCAUGGGCCCCCCUCUUCUCUCAGCUUGGACUUGACUUCCUUGAAGAGUUGUCAGAGUCUCAACUCAGAACCAUUCUCCCUGCCCUGCAAAGAACGGAGCUCACACUUGGCCAGGCUAUCCUGCUACUUGAACGCCUCCUCCCACAAGAAGAUCUAUCAGUGGAAGAGUUCUGUGCUCUCCGUCCUUUGCUGCCAGGCCUCAGCCCACAGUCCCUCAGAGUCAUCUCCACAGAGGUCCUGGCUGGAGCUUGUCCCUGCUUGUCAGCCACACUCUCUAGGCUUUCAUCAGCUCAGAAAGCAGCUUUGUUGCAGGCUUUUCUGCCAGGCUCUCUUAUCUGGCCAGAAUGUUUACUGCCUUUGCUGCCCCUAAAGCUGUUACAAUUGGACACCCCAGUUCUUCUGGCUAAUCUCAGGCCCUAUCGGGAGCUCCCCUGGUCUGAACAGCAGGCCCAGUUUCUCUGGAAGAAGAUGCCAAUGACCACUGACCUGACCUUAAGACACCUUCAGCAUCUGGGCACCUUGGCAGGAGGCAUGACCUGUGAGUGGCUGCAGCAGUUCAGCUGGAGGUCAGAUUUCCUUAAAGUGGUAGUCAUGCUCUACCAGCUGCCCAAUGGGGUCCGAGGAAGCCUGAGGGCCUGUAUUUGGGAGGAACUACAGAGGAAGAUGGAAAUGUCUGAGCUGGGGCUUGGAGGCCUGGGACCAGACCUGAAUGGUCUAGAGCAGGAGCUACUCUUCCAAUUACCAAUCCAGCUGAUUGACAGGCUGUCCAAUGAUUCUAUUCUCUUGAUGCUGGAACUAAUACGAGGUGAUCCUGAGCUGUUCCUGGUGUUGCCUCCAAUCCGACGAGAAGCCCUGGCAGAGAGGGCACUCCGAAGCCUGGCUCCACAGGACAUCCCACUCUCAGGGGAGGUGCUGGAGGCCUUAGGACCCCUGGUUGGAUCCCUGGGGACAGAGAGUGUUGGCCGAAUCCUCCCACAGACUCUACUGGCCCACCUCAGUCGACUGCAGAACUUCUGCCUGGGAGAACCAUUUGUCACAGAGUUAGGAUGCUUGCUGUUGCAUGAGUCUGCAUUUGGGAGGCCAGAACUUUGGAGCCGAGAUGAAGUGGAGCAGGCUGGACGCCUGGUGUUGACCUUAUCUUCUCAGGCCAUUCUCUUACUGCCCAGGGAGGCCUUGGGCCCUGAGACCCUGGAGCGACUUCUGGAAAGGCAGCAGAACUGGGAGCAGAGCAGAGUUGGGCAGCUGUGUGGGGGUCCAGUUCUAGGCCCCAGAAAAGCAGCAUUGGUGACUGGGGCUGUCCAGGCAGAAGAUGAAAAUGAACCAGAUCCUGUGCCCACCUGUGCAGAUAUUCGGGGAACAUUCCCAGCAGCUUGGUCAGCAGCACAGAUCACAGAGAUGGGACUCUCUGACUUCAAGGACUGCCUUGGGUUGUUUGCAAAAGACCCUAGUCUUAAACCUGCAGAAUUACAAGCAGCCAUGAGCAAGGCAAAAGAGUUAUGGGGUCCCCCUCAGAGACUUCAUCCUGAACAAAUCCUCCAGCUGGGUCGGCUGUUAAUAGGGCUAGGAGAACAUGAGCUUCAGGAAUUGAUUCUGGUUGACUGGGCAGUGCUUGGAGCCCUGGGACAGUUGGAGGGCUGGAGCAAAAUUCAGCUCCAAAUUAUAGUCUCCAGCUUCUUACAUCAGAGUGGCCGACAUGUGAGGAAUCUGGAUUUUAUCCACCUGACUGCCCUUGGUCAUGCAAUCUGUGGCCUUCGGCCAGAUGAGAUACAGCAGAUCAACAGUCGGGAAUUCAGCAAGGCCGUUCUCUUCCUGGGCUUCCUGCCUCUCCAGUGCUCCGAGGAACAGCUAGAGGCCCUCGCUCACCUGCUUGUGCUGCCUGGGGGCUUUGGACUAGUCAGUGAUUGGGGGCCAGAGAUCUUUACUGAGGUUGGCUCGGUAGCAGCCGGGCUCCCAGACUUGGUGCUUUCAGCACUGCUUCGGGGACAGAUCAGGGGGCUCACUCCAUUAGCCAUUGCUGUCAUGCCAGCACCCAAGUUUGCUGUGGUAUUCAGCCCUGUCCAGCUUUCUGGCUUCACCAGUGCUCAGGCUCUGGCUAUCACACCUGAACAAAUGGCCUUCCUGAGCCCUGAGCAGCGCCAAGCAGUUAUCUGGGCUCAGCAUGAGGGAAAGGAGAGCCUAGAGCAGCUGGGUGAGUGACCAGUUUCACAAUUUGAUUUCCCUGUUCCCACAGCCUGUUCUUGACUCCCAGGAUCUAACCCCUGUUGUCCUGUGAUACAUAGUUCUUUGUCCCUC